AUGUGCGGGAUAUUCGGUGUUCACGGACUCGAGCAACCUACGCCAGGAUUGCGGACAAAGGCGAUUGCACUCAGCAAGCGGCUGAGGCACCGCGGUCCCGACUGGUCGGGUUGUUACGUUGGAAAGGAGUGCAUCCUUGCGCACGAGAGACUUGCGAUCGUUGGUGUUGACACGGGUGCUCAGCCACUCAUUAGUGCCGACGAAAAGCAAAUCCUCUGCGUCAACGGCGAAAUCUACAACUAUCAAGCUCUCAAGAAGACCGUCCCAGCAAAUGCAAUUUUCAAGACGCACUCGGACUGCGAAGUUAUUCUCCAUCUCGUACGCCCUCUCCUUUCGGCAGUCAUCUCCGAACUAACCGCCUCUUACAAGCAACAUGACCCGAGCACGCUAUGCAACCUCCUCGACGGCAUGUUCUCCUUUAUCCUCCUAGACGAGUCCGUCUCGCCGACCCGCGUUCUUGUCGCACGCGAUCCGAUUGGAAUCACGACGCUCUAUCGUGGAACUUCAAGUAAUACGCCUGGUCUCACCUAUUUCGCGUCCGAGCUCAAGGCCCUCACCGACGAUUGCGAUUUCAUCGAGGCGUUCCCACCAGGUCACUUUUUCGACUCUAACACGGGCAAACUUGAACGCUACUACAAGCCCAAGUGGUGGGACCCGGAAGUCAUCCCGCCUCCGACCGCUCAUGCCGAUCUCACUCUCUUGCGCACAACCCUCGAAGCGGCUGUCAAGAAGCGCUUGAUGAGUGAGGUACCCUAUGGUGUCCUGUUGAGCGGUGGACUGGAUAGCAGCUUGAUUGCCGCUAUCGCUGCCCGAGAAACGGAACGCGUCGCACAAAUUCAGCAAGAGGAACGUCGCAGGCGAUUGCUCUCCAGCGGUACGACGUCUCCUGUCAUUAUGACCAAUGGAGGAUCUGGAUCUGCCGGUGUGGUUGGAGAAAACGGUACAGUUUUCCUCGACGACACUACCCCAGUCGCAUGGCCGCAACUCCAUUCGUUCUCGAUUGGGCUUCCACAUUCCCCUGAUCUACUCGCCGCACGCAAAGUCGCCGCAUAUCUUGGGACUCAGCACCAUGAAUUCACCUUUACAGUCCAAGAGGGACUCGACGCCAUUCCCGAGGUCAUCUAUCACCUGGAGACAUACGACGUCACGACUGUUCGUGCCAGUACACCCAUGUAUCUUCUCAGUCGCAAGAUCAAGGCCAUGGGCGUCAAGAUGGUCCUUAGCGGAGAGGGAAGCGACGAAAUCUUCGGAGGAUACCUUUACUUCCAUGCCGCACCAUCUGCUGAAGAGUUUCACAAGGAGACGGUCAAACGAGUGCAAAACUUGCACACGUCGGAUUGCCUUCGCGCCAACAAGUCGACGAUGGCAUGGGGUUUAGAGGCUCGCGUGCCCUUCUUGGACAAGGCAUUCUUGGACGUCGCGAUGACAAUCAACCCAGAAGAGAAGAUGUUUGGCAAGGGUACGAAGCAAAAGGUCGACAGUGAUGGAUGCCCUAUCAUGGAAAAGUACAUCAUUCGAAAGGCCUUUGACUGUGCUCCCGACGGCAAGGCAUACCUUCCCAAGUCGAUUCUCUGGCGUCAAAAGGAGCAGUUCUCCGACGGUGUAGGCUACUCUUGGAUCGACGGUAUCAAAGACCACGCUGCUGCCACCGUCUCCGAUGAGGCUUUGGCGGGUGCCAAGGAACGAUACCCAGAAGAUACCCCCGAGACCAAAGAAGCAUAUCUCAUCCGUGAAAUCUUUGAGAGUCACUUCCCUACCAAGGCCGCUGCGGCAACGGCUGUGCGCUGGAUUCCCCGUAUGGACUGGGGAUGCUCAUCAGACCCGAGUGGUCGUAGCGUUUCCAUUCAUAACGCGGCCUAUGAACAACAACAGGACGAAUGA